AUGAAAGACAAAAUUCAUAAGGAACUUACUAACUACCUUUUAAUUAUUUUAGAGGAACUUCUUCUUGAGAAAAGUCAAGAAAUUAAUGUGAUUGACAAUAUAAUAAAUCAUCAGGGUCAAACAGGGUGUAUGAAAAAAUAUUCUUUUUGUCAAAUCUCUGAUAUCGAUAACAAGAAGUGGGUUUGUCCUAAGUGUCAUAAUAAAUUACCUACAAUUAAUGAGAUUAAUCAACAAGUUAAUAAGUCAUCUAAUAUUAAAAAUACUAAUAAAAAGUCUCUAGUUACUUAUUCUAAUAGGUUUAAAGAAUUAGAUAUGCAAGAAUCAGUUUCUGAGAUUUAUAUGCUACAACCAUAUAUUAUUUCUGAAGAAAAUCCUUCUGUCGAAGGUUAUUUAGAAUGGGUUCAAAAUCAAACAGAUCCUAUAUAUAAGUUAAAAGCUAAUGAUCAUAUUUUUCAAAGUAUAAAUGGGGAAUCAACACUAAGUGAAGAGAUAAAACGAUUUAGUGAAAUUGCACAUAUGAAGAGAAUUGAACUUAUUAAAGUGAAACUAAUUAAAAAGACGACACUAGAUAUUUGGCAUCUAAUACCUAUAACAUGUGAAGAGGCGGAUCUUCAAAAGAGUAAAAAUUCUCUAACAAAACCACAAAUAUUAUUUAUUAUUAACUCUUUAAUUCCUUCUUUAGAUGAUUCUAAUCGUUCACGUUUCUGGUGCUUAUCAAGUAAAUUCUGUAACACUUUAAUAAAUAUUCUUCAAGAGAUUAGAAGUGUAUUGGCCAAAAAUAGUAUUAAUAUUAAUAACAAAGAGUAA